CUCUACUGGCUCUACAAUCACUUUUUAUCCUAGAUUCAAGUCCUGCUCCUACCACUUCUAAGAAAAGAUCACUCAAAGUCAAGGUUAAAACUCUUAAUCUUCGAGUUGAUCAGUUGGAAGCAGA